AACAGAGAAAUGAUAAACCCUUGUUCGAUAUCAUCCAUGCUAGGGUUUUAAGAUUUCUUGAUUGGGGGGUCUUGAUUUCGACAAUGGCGGAAUAGAAGAGCUUAAGGAGAUCCCCCAAGAAUCAUGAAAUCCUAUAAAAGAACGCCUCAUUUGGUUCAGAAUGGUAAUAGCAGACAUCGAACUCAGGGAAAUAUCAAAGCUUCAGAAAUGCCGGACGAGGGACUCAUGGGACGGUCUUCGAGGAUAACCUCUUGUUCUUGGUUCAAUGCGUAUGGAUUCAAAGAUAGUAGAUUUAACAAUGUCGGACGAAAGAUGCAUGAGACAAUCCAUUAGGAGAUGCUCGGCUCUGAGUUGGCUGUUCGGCUGAGAAACGGGUCUUGCAAACGCAGAAUUCGACAAUGUCAGAGGAAAGAUGCUUGAGACGGUCUCCAAGAUUAUCGUCUUCAAGUGCAUGUGAGGUUAAUUUAAUGCAGUCAGAGAAACGGCCUUCAAAGAAGCUAAAAACUUCGGUUACGAUUGUUGAUUCGGAAUUGUUGGACGAAAGAUGCGUGAGACGGUCUCCGAGGAUUAACUCUGCUCUGGAAGGGACUGGGAGUAGUGCUCGUAAGGUUCAUGCAAUGAAAUUGGCUGGUUCGGAUGAGAAACAGCCUCCAAAGAAGCCGGAAACCUCAGUUUUGACGAUAUUGGAGGAUAGAUGGCUGAGAUGGUCCCCAAGGCUAUAUUCAGGUCUGUUGGGGACUGUGUACAGUGACUGUGAGGAUGAUUCAAUGAAAUUGUCUGCUUCAGCAACAAAACAGCUGGUGAAGAAGCGGAAUACCUCAGUCUUAAUUAUUGAUUUGAAAACCAUGGAGGGACAUUUCCUGAGACGGACUCCGAGGAUACCCUCAGUUCCUGUGGGGACUGGGAAAAGUGGAAAUAAGGUUAACUCAUUACAAUUGGAUGCUUUGGCUGAGAAACAGUAUUCAAGGAAGCAUAAAGCCUCAGUUUCAAGUAUUGGUUUGGCAGUGUUGGAGGAAGGAUGCCGGAGAUGUUCUCCGAGGACAUCCUCAGUGCCGGCACGUACAGGGAACAGUGCUCGUAAGGCUAAUUCAGUGAAGUUGUCUGGUCCAGCUGAGAAAUGGCAUUCAAAGAAACUGAAAUGCUCUGUAUCGGAAAAGAUCAAAGGGAAUGUCUGUUUCUUUAUUGGAGAACCAAUCCCUUUUGAGGAAGCUUGCGAAAGAUGGCCUUGGCGCUAUGAAGGAAAGGGUAAAGGGAGUAAGGGUCAAAAAGCAUCUGACGGUGAUGAAGAUGAAAUGAUUUUAAAUGUGAAAUGUCAUUAUGCACAAGCUGAAAUUCUGAAAUGUGUUUUCGAAAUUGGAGAUUGUGCAUAUGUGAAGGGAAAAGAAGGGGGACCGAAUUACGUGGGAAAGAUCUUAGAGUUUUUUAAGACAGUGGAUGGAGAAGAUUACUUUAGGGUACAAUGGUUCUUUCGAGCUGAGGAUACGGUUUUGAAAGACCAAGCUGAAUUCCACGACAAGAAACGUCUAUUUUUCUCUGAUCUAAGGAACGAUAACAUAUUAGAUUGCAUUGUUUCAAAAGUCAAGAUCAUACAAGUAGCUCCUAGUGUAGACUUGAAAUCAAAAUAUAUUCCACCAUGUGACUUUUACUAUGACAUGAAAUACUGUGUGGAGUAUUCAACAUUUUGUACCAUUAUGGAUGACAAUCCAAAAGAGAACAGCAGCCUAUCCUCAUCCAGUUCUGCUGAUGCAGUCCACAUGGACAGUAGUGGGCCCUGUUUGGAGGAAAGACCUACCCAUGGAUAUAAAAAGUCAGAGCUAACACUAUUAGGUCUUUAUUCUGGUUGUGGGGGAAUGUCAACUGGCUUGUGCCUUGGUGCCAAACUUUCUGCUGUAAAUCUUGUUACGAAAUGGGCUGUUGAUUUUAAUGAAUCUGCUUGCGAAAGCUUGCGCCUAAAUCAUCCUAAUUCACUGGUAAAGGAUUUUCUUGACCUAUUGAAGGAAUGGGAAAAACUUUGCAAACGGUAUGUAGUGGAUUUAAGAAAAAUGCACAAAGUUCCAAACACAGAUGAGGGAAACGUAAAUCCAGCGUACAAGAUUCCAACCGGUGAAUAUGAAGUUUUGAAGUUAGUAGAUAUUUGCUACGGUGAUCCCAGUGAAACAGGGAAACGUGGGUUGAAAUUUAAGGUACGUUGGAAAGGUUAUGGUCCAAGCAGUGAUACAUGGGAACCAAUUGAAGAGCUGAGUAAAUGCAAAGAUGGAAUAAGGGAUUUUGUGAGAGAAGGAUUUAAAUUAAAAAUAUUGCCUCUUCCGGGAGAUGCUGAUGUUGUUUGUGGAGGGCCUCCAUGCCAAGGGAUUAGUGGCUUUAACCGAUUUAGAAAUGUUGAUGCCCCACUAGAAGAUGAAAGAAAUCGUCAAAUAAUAUUUUUCAUGGAUAUAGUGAAGUUCUUAAAGCCCAAGUUUGUUUUAAUGGAGAACGUGGUUGACAUUUUGAGGUUUGCUGAUGGUUCUCUUGGAAGGUAUGCUUUAAGUCGUUUGGUUCACUUGAAGUACCAAGCUAGGCUUGGAAUCAUGGCUGCCGGUUGUUAUGGUCUUCCACAAUUUCGAUUGCGUGCUUUCUUGUGGGGUGCCCAUCCCUGUGAGAAACUACCUCAGUAUCCACAUCCAACACACGAUGUAAUUUUUAAAUAUGGUGCUCCAUGUGAAUUUGAGCGUAACACUGUUGCUUAUGAUGAAGGCCAGCCCCGCAAACUAGAAAGAGCACUUUGCCUUCAUGAUGCUAUCUCUGAUCUCCCAGCUGUGACAAAUCAUGAAACUCGUGAGGAGAUGCCACACCAAAUGCAUCCAGAAACUGAGUUUCAAAAAUUUAUAAGAUCAACUAAAUAUGAGAUGAUGGGUUCCAUGUCGAAUGGUGAAAUAACUAAAAAAUCUGUACUAUAUGAUCAUCGGCCUCUUCCAUUAAAUGAAGACAAUUAUUUGCGUGUCUGUCAAAUCCCAAAGAGAAAGGGAGCAAACUUUAGGGACCUCCCAGGUGUAAUUGUUGGAGCUGACAAUGUUGUUGGGUUGGAUCCAAAAAUGGAACGAGUGCUCCUGCCAUCUGGAAAACCACUGGCUCCAGAUUAUGCUCUGAAUUUACUCCAAGGAAAGUCUCUUAGACCUUUUGCACGACUAUGGUGGGACGAGACAGUGCCAACUGUAUUUACUACGCCAGAGCCUCGCAACAAGGUAACUUUGCAUCCUGAGCAAGAUCGAGUCCUCACUAUUCGGGAAUAUGCAAGAUUACAAGGGUUUCCCGAUUAUUACAGGUUUUGUGGGACACUAAAAGAGAGAUAUUGUCAGAUUGGUAAUGCAGUGGCUGUUCCUGUAGGAAGAGCUCUUGGAUAUGCACUGGGGAUGGCAUCACUGAAGUUGAUUGGGGAAGAACCACUCCUGACCCUCCCGCCCAAGUUUUCCCAUUCUACUACCCUUCAAUUGUUACCGUCCUCAUCUCCCGAGGUAGAGGAAUAGAAUUCAUUAUCUCCCAUUGGUCUUACUGUGUGCAGCAUGAACAU